UGCUCCGCUCAAGAACCAACCUCGACGCCAUCCGGCCCCGUGUCGAAACCGCAACUAUCGUACCAACAAGCGAAGUCACCACUUUUCCUGAAAAUCUCACCGACAUCUCCGAAGCUACCUUUGUGGAUGCAUUCCCUGAACCUUCUUUCAUCGAUACAAGUUCAGAGCAAACAUUCUUCGACUCCACGUCAUCACCUGGUCCAGCAUGGAGCACAUGCUACCGUGCAUAUUGUACUACUCGAAAGGAACAGGAGAAACCGGUGAUACUUCAAGCUUGGAAGAGAAUGUUUUUCAUGGGGCUUACUCAAGAGACCUUGAAGAAAUGGAGUGCCCCUUCCCUCGGAAUGAGUAUGGAAGGCCUUGGUCGUACAGCAAACCUUUGUGAGCACGAGGAAUGCGUUGGCAAGAAGGAAAUCGAACAGAAUGCUCGGCAUUUAGGAUUUGGUCCUUCCGACAGCGUACGUGAAUCAUCUCACAACAACAACAAGUUGGAGCUUAGACGAGCUCAUCAUUAUCGGUCCGCCGAGUUCGUUCGUGAUCAGGAGAUGGUUGUGGUGAUACAGCCGCUUCCCAGUGUACCAGUACCAAGUCCAGCACCGACACCAAUAUCAACGCAGAUCGCAACGCCUGUAACUGACGGGACUAUGGUGAAUGCUCCAACUGUCGUCGGGGCGCCCAUUACCAGCAACCGUCCUAGUCCCAUGGUCAAUACGCCACAAAGAUCCAGAGAAAAUGGUCACAUGAACACCGUAGGGCAGGCUGUUCAACUAUCCGUUCCCGCGGUUGGGACUGUUUCUCAAGUAAAAGAUGGAGACGAACAGAUCACUUCAUCAAAUAUUGAAACAUAUCGAUAUGCGGAUUUCAAUGUUCAAAAGAGUGCCUUGACAGAGGCUAGGUGCUUGGCAACCUAUAAGGCUCUGCUCCAGGCUAGAGGUCACGUCUAUCUUGAUUUCGUGCAUGAUGGAUGCGCGACCGGGCGAGAAAAAGCAAGAGGUAGAAACACCAGUAAUAACACGACCACAGCGGGCCCUCGCCUAGUCAUGAAACAUUGGAGACGAAUUAUGACGAGAUUGUUGGAGGGAUUGGG